UCCCAGAAAUCAGGCUCAGCGGUUUGCCGUGCACCAUAAUGCUGGGAAGUCUGGACCGAGCCCUGAUGGUGUGAGAGCGAGAGCAGGGGAAGCCCAUCAGAUUCAAUUGCAAUCUGGGGUACAAUUCAUUUUCUUUUUUUCUCUCGACCCCCAUUCAUCUCUGCCCUCCUCGUCCUCCCCUUUUGCCAGAUCUCCCUUCCCUCGCCAAACUACACUGCACAGAGCUGAAGAUCAAGGCUGGUGGAUUUAUCAACAUUUUACCACCACCCCCACCCCCUUUUCCAGAUGCACCUCCCCACUCACCCUGACAGCUGCAAAAGAGAGCACAGGUUUUUUAGCAAGCAAGGCAAGUUGGACUGACAUGCAAAGGAGACCCCCCCAUACGCGCACACACACACCUCGUCCGUGAUUAACCACGAGAUGCAAUGAGCUCCCUUUAGGAACCGGAAGGAUUUGUACUGGGGAGCAAGCAGAGCCCCCCCUAACCCUCCAGAAAAGUCAGGAAAGCAACCAGAAGGGGUUCUCGGCCUUUUUGGAUCUACACAGUGGAAGUUGCAUCUUGUGUAUGGCGUGGUUAAGCUUGCAGCCUCUCACCUCGGCCUUCCUCCAUUUUGGGCUGGUUACUUUUGUGCUGUUUUUGCAUGGUUUGCAGGUGGAUGCUGGCCUGACGGGAGACUUAACCAGUUCAGUACAAAACAGUUCGUGUUCAGGAUCUUUUGACUGCAAGGAGGGUGUUAUCUUGCCAAUAUGGUACCCAGAAAACCCAUCCCUUGGGGACAAAAUUGCCCGGGUUAUUGUAUACUUUGUAGCACUGAUCUACAUGUUCCUUGGAGUCUCCAUCAUUGCAGAUCGUUUCAUGGCAUCUAUAGAGGUCAUUACAUCACAGGAGAAAGAAAUCACGAUUAAGAAACCCAAUGGAGAGACCACAACAACCACCAUUCGGAUUUGGAAUGAAACCGUUUCCAACUUGACCCUCAUGGCUCUGGGCUCUUCUGCUCCUGAGAUUCUUCUAUCACUGAUAGAAGUAUGUGGGCACGGAUUCAUAGCUGGAGACCUGGGGCCUUCCACGAUUGUUGGCAGUGCUGCUUUCAAUAUGUUUAUCAUCAUUGCCAUCUGUGUCUAUGUGAUCCCUGAUGGGGAAACCAGAAAGAUAAAACACCUGAGGGUUUUCUUUGUCACAGCUGCAUGGAGCAUUUUUGCUUACAUUUGGUUGUACAUGAUCCUUGCUGUCUUCUCUCCAGGUGUGGUUCAGGUCUGGGAAGGUCUGCUCACACUUUUCUUCUUUCCACUUUGUGUCCUUCUGGCUUGGAUAGCAGAUAAACGUCUGCUUUUCUAUAAGUAUAUGCACAAAAAAUACCGUACUGACAAGCACAGGGGCAUUAUCAUAGAAUCAGAAGGUGAUCACCCUAAGGGAAUUGAGAUGGAUGGCAAGAUGAUGAACUCCCACUUUCUGGAUGGAAACCUAGUGACUGUGGAGGGGAAGGAGGUAGAUGAAUCUCGCAAAGAGAUGAUUCGGAUCCUUAAGGACCUGAAGCAGAAGCAUCCAGAAAAGGACUUGGACCAGCUGGUAGAAAUGGCUAACUACUAUGCCUUGUCUCAUCAGCAAAAGAGCAGAGCUUUUUAUCGCAUUCAAGCUACCAGAAUGAUGACUGGAGCUGGAAAUAUUCUGAAGAAACAUGCAGCUGAGCAAGCCAAGAAGAGCACCAGCUUGCAUGAGGUACGGCCAGAUGAGCCUGAAGAAUUCAUCUCCAAAAUUUAUUUUGACCCAUGUUCCUACCAGUGUCUUGAGAACUGUGGUGCCGUUCUCCUGACAGUGGUGCGGAAAGGAGGAGACAUGUCCAAGACCAUCUAUGUGGACUAUAAAACAGAAGAUGGCUCUGCCAAUGCUGGUGCUGACUAUGAGUUCACAGAGGGGACUGUUGUCCUCAAAUCAGGGGAGACCCAGAAGGAGUUCUCUGUGGGAAUUAUCGAUGAUGACAUCUUUGAGGAGGAUGAGCAUUUCUUUGUGCGGCUGAGUAACCUGCGUGUGGUGGAGAGUGAGGAACCUCCAGAGCUCAGUAACUCUCCGUACCCAAAGGCCAUACUGGUUUCUCCUUGUGUGGCCACAGUGACUAUACUGGAUGAUGACCAUGCUGGCAUCUUUACAUUUGAGUGUGAUGUUAUACAUGUAAGUGAGAGCAUUGGUGUGAUGGAAGUCAAAGUCCUAAGGACAUCAGGUGCUCGGGGUACAGUCAUAGUGCCAUAUAGGACAGUAGAAGGGACAGCGAAAGGAGGUGGAGAGGAUUUUGAAGACACUUACGGGGAGUUGGAGUUCAAGAAUGAUGAAACUGUCAAAACAAUUCACAUCAAGGUAAUUGAUGAUGAGGAGUAUGAAAAAAACAAGAAUUUCUUCAUUGAGCUGAUGAGCCCACGCAUGGUGGAUAUGAGUUUACAGAAAGCUCUACUGCUCACUCAAGAAGUGGCCGACAGGAAGCUAACGGUUGAAGAGGAGGAAGCCAAGAGGAUUGCAGAGAUGGGCAAACCCAUACUUGGCGAGCAUCCCAAACUAGAAGUCAUCAUUGAGGAGUCCUAUGAGUUCAAGAGCACCGUGGACAAGCUGAUUAAGAAGACAAACCUGGCUCUGGUUGUAGGGACACAUUCCUGGAGGGACCAGUUCAUGGAGGCCAUUACUGUCAGUGCAGCGGGUGAUGAAGACGAGGAUGAGUCCGGUGAGGAGCGUCUGCCAUCCUGUUUCGACUAUGUGAUGCACUUCCUGACUGUCUUCUGGAAGGUGCUGUUUGCCUGCGUGCCCCCCACAGAGUACUGCAACGGCUGGGCCUGCUUCGUCGUCUCCAUCCUGAUCAUCGGCAUGCUCACCGCGGUCAUCGGAGACCUCGCCUCCCACUUUGGCUGCACCAUCGGCCUCAAGGACUCGGUGACCGCCGUUGUGUUUGUAGCCUUCGGCACCUCUGUACCAGACACUUUCGCCAGCAAAGCAGCAGCCAUCCAGGACGUCUACGCCGACGCGUCCAUCGGCAACGUCACAGGCAGCAACGCAGUCAACGUCUUCCUGGGCAUUGGGCUGGCGUGGUCUGUGGCGGCAAUCUACUGGGCCUCGCAGGGGCAGGAGUUCCAGGUGUCGGCAGGCACCCUGGCCUUCUCCGUCACCCUCUUCACCAUCUUCGCGUUCAUCUGCAUCAGCGUCCUGCUCUACCGCCGGAGGCCGCACCUCGGAGGGGAGCUGGGCGGCCCCCGGGGCUGCAAACUGGCCACAACGUUGCUCUUCGUGAGCCUGUGGCUACUGUACAUCCUCUUCGCCACCCUGGAGGCCUACUGCUACAUCAAGGGGUUUUAGGCGGUGGAAGGACGGUGCUGCCGGGGGAAGGCAUCCCCCUCCUCCGUUACCUCACUGGACACCAGUCCUCAAGCGCGGUUUCACCCAAAGGGACAGCUGUCAGUCAGGUGCCGCUGUUGCCCAGAGAGUAGGACAGCUGGGCAUCGAGAAGGGCAAAAAUCAGCAUAGAACAGAUGAACAAAAAAACAAAAACAUGCAAACCCUUCCAAAAUCAAACAAAAGCAAAGAAUGCGACAAUGGCAAAUGUUCAAAUAAAACAAAACAAAAUAAACCCACCCACUGACCCCAUUUGACGAAAUCUUUGAAGGUCACAUCUUCUGUAGGUUCUUGCUUCCUUUUUUUCCUGAAAACCCCUCCACUGCAAGGAUACAUAAUCUUUUUUUUACGCUUUGGGAAUCGCAGAAAUCUGAGCAGGAAUUUUUUUUUUUCUUUUGCUUAUUGCUUUUUGGUUAGGGAGGGGGCAUAUUGAUUUUUUUUUCUUUUUUUAUUACUUUAAGGUAAAGAUGUUAAAAAUUUAAAAUCCAAAGCUUCAAGCUGCCAUCAGUGCUGGAAUUGAAUGUGUGUGUUUUUUUGAAGCCACAAAAAAACAGUGACACAGUCAAAGAACUUCACUAUUACCAUUUCUUCCCUCCUCCUUCCAUUUCUUUCUUUUUUGAGACCAUCACAAGACUGGUAUAUUUUUAAUACAAGCAUAUAUACACAUGUACACAGAGAGAAAAAUUCAGUGACGGAGGCUGGAGCAUGUAGCAUCUCACUCACCUGCCAGGGCUAAGAAAAAAGGAAGGAAAAGAAACCCCCAACCCUCUACUAUAAUAUGUAUCAUGUAUAUUUUGACUAUGGCAUUUCUCUUUGUAUAAUUAACUUUGAGCUUGUGGUACUGCAGGGAGAGAAAAUUAUGUUACUUUACAAAAGAUAAAGAAAUAAACAGACACACCGAACUAGCCUGCCAUGUGGGGAAGAAAAGGGGCCCCAGGAAACUAGCACACGUUCCUUGUGGUCACAGUGGUGGUGUAGCUGCUCAGCUGCAAGGGCAGUGGAGCAGUCCCUGGUCUUGCAAGUGAAAAUGAAUUCAUGUCAAUAAUGUGUUGGGCUCACGUACUGGUGCAAGCAGGAUGCCUCAAGGCAUGAGAUGUCUCUGAGAGGUUUCUAAGCAUUAUGUUACCAGGCUGGGUUCGUUCUUAAACCACACAAGUUUGCAAAAGGGAAAGGAGCCUUGUCCCUCCCUAUGAGCCCCCCACCCACUUGGCAUCAACCCACCAACCCGCCCUAACCUCCCGAAAUCCAUGUCCUCACGGAGGAGGCACACAGCUGGUUACUGUAACCCACUGGCACUUGCUGUGCUCAACAAAGAUGACACCCGGCUCCUUAGUAAACGAGAACAAUAAAACAAAAGCCAAACGAAUGACAAGACCAGGAAAACCCAAAUAGCAUGACAGUGUUUUCCUAGCACACUCCUGCCCUGAGCUGGGCCGUGGCUGCUUUUUCACUCGCUUGCUGCCCUAAGUUUCACAGAGCCCAUGUCUCUAGUGGUCUUCAGGCAGUAUGAGCUUAAAACCUGCCACCUGUUUCAGGCCUCCUGUAUCAUCUGACAAACAUUUUAGAAAAAAAACAGACCAAAAAGACACCCUUUUCAUUUUAAGGAAAAAGAGUAUGUCAUGAAUUACAUCAAUGGCUGCGAAUUGAAAUGUUAGGUUGGUAAUAAAAAUAAAUAAAAACUAUACCUAUAGCUAUAUAAAUAGUGCUAUCUAUAAACAUAUUUCUUAAGUGAGAGAACUGGAAGAGGGUGUUAAAACCUUAUUCUUUUUAAAAAUGUUUUUAAGAUAAGGAUACUUUGUUCUACCAAGAAGCUUAGGUGCUGUAAAGGGAAACAUGUUCUUCAUAAAUUUCACUAUAAUAAACCAAACCUUGGGAUUUAGCAAGUGGGGGGGAAAAAAAAAAAAAAGAAAAAAAAGAAGAGAGAGAGAAUGGCAGAAGGUACUUCUCUGCCUAAGCAGUGCUUUCAGUUGCCCUUAGGGGCAGGGGAGAAGGUGUCUGCAGGGUUAAAAAAAAAAAAAAAAAAAAAAAAAAAAAGACAGUGGGAACAAGAUUGUCAUGGACAAAAAAAAAAAAAAAGACACACUGUUAUAGCAGGUGAAUGGAAGAGAGCAACAAUGAUCCUUAAAAACAGAUGAAAUAUUUAUUUUCAUACAAAAUGUUUAUCAACUAUAUAUAUAUAUAAAAUACAUGUAUAAAUGUGAGGCAGAGAGGAAGGAUCCUUCACAUAUGAGCAGUAGGAGCUUUGUCCUUUGAAGCCAGCAGUGGUUGAAAGCUAUCAUUUUUGAAGCCAAUAAGCAUCCAGCUUUCUGCCUCCUUAUCCUCCCUUCACCAGGGCUUUUGGGGAAGGACAUGAAAAAGAUGGUAAAGAAACCUUGAGGCCAGGUGUCUGCUGAAUUUGCCCAUCUUUCAGGCCUCUAGCCACACUGAGAACUACCUAGAACAGCUUUUGCCAACUUCAUUCACUGCUUCUGCUGCCAUCCAGGCUGGGACUCCAGAGCACAGAUGGGUGACACCAAAAAAAAAAAAAAGAAAGCCCUCAAAUG